AUGGGUAGUUACCUGGGCAGGCUCUGCCCCCCGCCCCCACCCCAGGCACCGAAGGGCCAGUGCCGUUCUCACAGCGCCCACCACCUUACCUUGGCGCGCCAAAGUCACCCAGGUGUCCACGUUCCUCCGUCCACUUGCAAGCCAAACCGCAAGUAUUCGAUGACUUUGCCUCUGAACUUUGUCAGAGCGUUUCCGAGACGAUAUUCCAGGAUGCCACAGUCCCUGCGCUUUUUUCUGGAGGUCUUUACCUCACUCUACAGGCAUGGCCAUCAGAGGAAGGCGGCGCUGUCUGCUCCCGACUCAAAGAUGGCCUGCAGCUCAGUGUCUCUAGUGGACAAAAUCACUCUCUGCGUGGCACAGGAGCAGGUGUUCACCCGGAUGCCACCCACAACACCCACCUGUGCCCCAAACAGCUGCACAGAGCAGGUUGUGUUGAGGGCCCCGGGAGAAAGCUGGAAAGAAACGGCAAAGCAGGAGCAAGACGACCCUGCAAUCAUACAGAAGCAGGCCAAUCAGAGAAGGGGCCCAGAUGGCACUGGGGGUACACAAACUGCAUUUAGGCCCCUGGGGGUCCAAAGAGGCCUCUCUCCCCUGGUGCCCAGGCCUGGGCCUCUGCAGAGAAUCUCUCACAUGGAGAGCUCAGAAGAUACAUCCAACAAGAAAUCCAGGACCUCUGGGAUUAGCUUCUGCCCCAGAAGAAAUGCCAUCACAAGCUCAUACAGCUCUACUCAAGGUUUCCUGCCAGUGCAGACGAGGAGGGUUCCAUCCACAUCCCACACCCAGCUGUCCUCAAAGAAAGUAAGCCAGGAGGGUUCUUCGUCUCCCCAUUCAGCUUCAGAGUUUUCAGCUUCGGUGUUUUCCCAGAGGAAGAGCCAGCAGGAAAAAGAUGCAGAUGUAACAAAAGGGCAGAAACGAACCUGGAGAAACUGCUCACCCACACCUGACAGUUCCAGGCCCCCAAAACGCAAGUUUCCUCUGUUGCCACACAGGCGAAGGGACCCUCUGAGGUUGCCAUCACCCCCUGAGCUGAGUUUCCGAGUCACUGCAGAAGACCUAGACUCAGAGAAGAAAGCAGCGCUCCAGCACAUCAACAAUGUACUUUGGGGCGAGACUGAGACUAUCCCAAACUGCAGUGCUGUGCAGCCUUUGAGUUCUCCCCCCUCGCCUGCUGCGGGAGUCGCUCCUGCACCAGCUGUCCCUCCAGCCCCUAGCAUGGAUCCACAGCUGGUGAAAUGCAGGAGGAAGCAGGACUCCUCAGGCCCAGAGCCUAUCCUGGAAUCUGCUGGAGGGGCCACCUCUGUGCAUCCUUUGUCUUCCUUAAAGCACAGCUCACCAGGUUCCCUCUUUACCCUGUCAGAGCCCCUGCCAGGUACCUCUACACACUCCCUGCCCUCAGCCCCAUUCACCAUGCUGACCGGUCCUUCCUCCCAGGUGUCAGGCAAAGCCGACCUGUCUGCAGGGCCCCCUAACCCCUCUGCCCCUGCCACCUUCUCAGCACUAGGCAUGGACUGUGCAGUCUCAAGCCCACCUCCUCACUGGCCUGUUCUUACAGCUGCUGCAGCGUCCCCUCCACCCUUGAUGUUGAAGCCUAUCUGGGGGACCCCUCUGAAUGGGGGAGGAGGAGGCCCUUUGCAGCCCAAGACCUUGGAUUCAGCUGCUGCAGCGUCCCCUCCACCCUUGAUGUUGAAGCCUAUCUGGGGGACCCCUCUGAAUGGGGGAGGAGGAGGCCCUUUGCAGCCCAAGACCUUGGAUUCAGCUGCUGCAGCGUCCCCUCCACCCUUGAUGUUGAAGCCUAUCUGGGGGACCCCUCUGAAUGGGGGAGGAGGAGGCCCUUUGCAGCCCAAGACCUUGGUUUCAGCUGCUGCAAAUGCCACUUUUACCUUCCCCGCCGCUCCCAGCACUUUCAGAACGGAUUCCCCCACUGAGAUGUGUGUAGAUCCUCCUGUCUCCUCACAGGGCCCCCCUCCCAUCACUGAUCCUAGUGCCUCUCCCUCCACUGGCACGUCUGCAGUUAGUGCCAGUCCCCUAAUCAGCACAUCUGCAGGCUUGGCUCCCCACCCUGCCUUUGACACUGGGGUCACCUCCAUGGGCAGCACUCUACCUUCCCAGCCUUUCCUCUCAGGGGCUCCUCCUGGCACCAGUGGGAGUUUUUUCCUGUCUGCCCAGACUCUUCAGACACGCCCCAGUGGUAGUAUGGCCUCAGUCACAGUGGCCACCAGCCCGCCUGCACCGAGUUUUUGCAGGCCUACCCCAACUUUGAAACUUCCUGUGAACCCUGGAGCCACUGCCCAGCCCAUCAUUGCGUCCCUUAAUGGGCAGCAGCACAGAGCCAUCACCUUUGACAGCUCUGCCCAGCGUAAAACACUGGCAGCUCCAGCUCCAGCCCAGGCCCCAACCUCUGCUCCAGGCCAGCCAACCUUGGGCAGCAUCACAUGGACAGCUUCUAGGGGCUCAUUACCCACAACUUCUGCCUUCAGUACCUAUGCCAGCACCCAGCCAGCCUUUGCUGCCACCCCAACUGUAUUCCCCUCUGGCACAGCCACUGCCUCUGGUUUCGCAGUUGCCACCAACAUGCCCAAUGCUAUGACCAAUGCUGGUCCCAAAGGUCAGCAGCACUGCUCAACAUGGGGAAUCACAAGCUCCACCUCCUUCAGGGUGGGGGUUUCAGCAGCACCUAUGGGCUUUAGGAACAGAGCGGCUACCCCAGAUCUGAGCUGCACCUUUAGAGCACUCAACAUUACAACAGAAAUGAGUAAGGCCUCGAGCACCAAACACCCCCAUGGGGGAAGCUUGGGCCUGAAGACCUGUGGCCCCCCUCGCCAGAGCACCCACAUGAGGACCACAGGACCCAGCACUAACACCUGGGUGUCUGGAGGCACUACUGCCUCCACUUUAAGUUACAUCCAUGGGGGUGUGCCCAAGCAGAGCCCCCUUACUUCCAAAGGAGGGUCCAGCCCCACUGCCAGCAAGGCUGCCUUUAAGGGCAUUCCCGUCUCAGUGUCCACUCCCAGCUCCCCUGCAUCAGUGAUGGGCACAACGAGGAAGAGCCUUGCCAUUAGGGCCCCCUCAUCACCUGUCCAGGGCUUGGUUGGGCACAAAACCAUUGGUCAAUCAACCAAGUCAUUUUCCUCCAAGUCGAAAUCCACUCCCUUGGGGUCUAAGAGGCAAAUAGUCUCCUGA